AUUAUUUUAAACUUCAGUUUCUCAGAUAGUACUUAUUAACUUCAUAAAAUUAGCUGCACUGCUCAGAGAAUGUUUGUAAGUGUUGUACAGAAGAAGAGGAAAAACUACUUGUACUCUUCCAACUGUGACUUUUAUCACAUAGCUUGGAAUUUAAUGUUUUAAAAGAGCGAAUGAGUCGAGUGUGUAUUGUUGUUUUGGAGGAGAUAGAAGAUGAAUCUCCUGCAAUCAUUUCUAAAUUGCCACAGGAAAAUCAUUCCCUACUUUCUCCACCUUCUGGAAGUGUAUUGCCAUCACUGGUGCAAGCUAUAUUUAACGGAGAUCCUGAUGAAGUUCGAGCACUAAUAUUUAAGAAAGAAGAUGUUAACUUUCAGGACAAUGAAAAGAGAACCCCAUUACAUGCUGCCGCCUAUCUUGGAGAUGCAGAAAUCAUUGAACUGCUUAUUUUAUCUGGAGCUAGAGUUAAUGCCAAAGACAGCAAAUGGUUGACACCUUUACACAGAGCAGUUGCAUCUUGUAGUGAGGAAGCAGUUCAGGUACUUUUGAAGCAUUCUGCAGAUGUAAAUGCUCGAGAUAAAAAUUGGCAAACCCCUUUACACAUAGCUGCUGCUAAUAAAGCUGUAAAAUGUGCCGAAGCUUUGGUACCUCUUCUUAGUAAUGUAAAUGUGUCUGAUCGAGCAGGAAGAACUGCAUUACAUCAUGCAGCUUUCAGUGGACAUGGUGAGAUGGUCAAAUUACUCUUGUCCAGGGGUGCCAAUAUUAAUGCUUUUGACAAGAAGGAUCGGCGUGCUAUACAUUGGGCAGCAUACAUGGGUCACAUUGAUGUAGUGAAAUUACUUGUGGCUCAUGGAGCUGAAGUAACAUGCAAAGAUAAGAAGUCUUAUACACCUCUUCAUGCAGCAGCGUCCAGUGGAAUGAUCAGCGUAGUCAAGUACCUUCUAGAUCUUGGAGUUGAUAUGAACGAACCAAAUGCCUAUGGAAAUACACCUCUUCAUGUGGCCUGCUACAAUGGACAAGAUGUUGUAGUGAAUGAACUUAUAGACAGUGGUGCUAAUGUAAAUCAAAAGAAUGAAAAAGGAUUUACUCCUUUGCACUUUGCUGCUGCAUCUACACAUGGAGCAUUGUGUUUAGAACUUCUAGUUGGCAAUGGGGCUGAUGUCAAUAUGAAGAGUAAAGAUGGGAAAACCCCACUGCACAUGACUGCCCUCCACGGUAGAUUCUCCAGAUCACAAACCAUUAUCCAGAGUGGAGCUGUAAUAGACUGUGAGGAUAAGAAUGGAAACACCCCUUUGCACAUAGCAGCGCGAUAUGGCCAUGAGCUGCUAAUCAACACUCUUAUUACAAGUGGUGCUGACACUGCAAAGCGUGGCAUACAUGGAAUGUUCCCCCUCCAUUUGGCAGCCUUAAGUGGCUUUUCAGAUUGCUGCAGGAAACUUCUUUCUUCAGGAUUUGAUAUAGAUACCCCUGAUGAUUUUGGCAGGACCUGUCUACAUGCAGCUGCAGCUGGAGGGAAUUUGGAGUGCCUAAACCUUCUGCUGAAUACUGGUUCAGACUUCAACAAAAAGGAUAAAUUUGGAAGAUCUCCACUGCACUACGCUGCUGCCAACUGCAAUUACCAGUGCCUGUUUGCUCUUGUGGGAUCAGGAGCAAGUGUGAAUGACCUUGAUGAAAGAGGCUGCACACCCCUGCACUAUGCAGCUACAUCAGACACAGAUGGCAAGUGCCUGGAAUACUUACUAAGAAACGAUGCAAAUCCAGGGAUCCGGGAUAAGCAAGGAUACAAUGCAGUUCAUUAUUCAGCUGCUUAUGGUCACCGUCUUUGUCUUCAGCUGAUUGCAAGUGAAACUCCUUUAGAUGUUUUAAUGGAAACUUCGGGCACAGACAUGCUGAAUGAUACAGACAAUAGAGCAACAAUAAGCCCUUUACACUUGGCUGCCUAUCAUGGUCACCACCAAGCCCUGGAAGUGUUGGUGCAGUCUUUGUUAGAUCUUGAUGUCAGAAACAGUAGUGGAAGAACGCCCUUAGAUCUUGCAGCAUUUAAGGGCCAUGUUGAAUGUGUGGAUGUACUCAUUAAUCAGGGAGCCUCAAUCUUAGUAAAAGAUUAUAUUUUGAAGAGAACACCUAUACACGCAGCAGCAACAAAUGGCCAUUCAGAAUGUUUACGGCUGUUAAUAGGAAAUGCAGAACCACAGAAUGCAGUAGAUAUUCAGGAUGGAAAUGGGCAGACACCUCUGAUGCUCUCUGUUCUCAAUGGGCACACGGACUGUGUAUAUUCACUACUGAACAAAGGAGCAAAUGUAGAUGCCAAAGAUAAGUGGGGAAGGACAGCACUGCACAGAGGGGCAGUUACGGGCCAUGAAGAAUGUAUAGAUGCAUUACUUCAACAUGGUGCUAAGUGCUUGCUACGAGAUAGCAGGGGUCGGACGCCUGUACACUUGUCAGCUGCCUGCGGACACAUUGGUGUUCUUGGAGCCCUUUUGCAAUCAGCAUCAUCUGUGGAUGCAAAUCCAGCCAUAGCAGACAAUCAUGGAUAUACAGCACUUCACUGGGCUUGCUAUAACGGUCAUGAGACCUGUGUAGAACUUCUUUUAGAACAAGAAGUUUUCCAAAAGAUGGAAGGAAAUGCUUUCAGUCCGUUGCAUUGUGCUGUGAUAAAUGACAAUGAAGGUGCUGCUGAAAUGUUAAUUGAUACAUUAGGUGCCAGCAUUGUGAAUGUCACAGAUUCAAAAGGAAGAACUCCUCUCCAUGCAGCUGCCUUCACAGACCAUGUAGAGUGCUUACAGUUGCUGCUCAGCCAUAAUGCUCAAGUCAACUCUGUAGACUCUUCUGGGAAAACACCACUCAUGAUGGCUGCAGAAAAUGGACAAACAAACACAGUUGAGAUGCUGGUUAGCAGUGCUAGUGCAGAUCUGACUUUGCAAGAUAACAGUAAAAACACCGCCCUCCAUUUGGCUUGUGGCAAGGGUCAUGAAACUAGUGCCUUGUUAAUACUGGAAAAGAUAACAGAUAGAAACCUCAUCAAUGCAACCAACGCCGCCUUGCAAACACCUCUGCAUGUUGCUGCCCGAAAUGGGCUAACAAUGGUGGUUCAGGAACUUUUGGGAAAAGGAGCAAGUGUACUUGCAGUAGAUGAAAAUGGCUAUACCCCAGCUUUGGCAUGUGCUCCCAAUAAGGAUGUUGCUGAUUGUCUGGCUCUCAUUUUGGCUACCAUGAUGCCUGUCUCAUCAAGUAGUCCUUUAUCAUCCUUGACGUUCAAUGCCAUUAACCGUUAUACCAACACCUCAAAAACAGUCAGCUUUGAAGCUUUGCCCAUCAUGAGGAAUGAACCUAGCUCCUAUUGCAGUUUUAACAAUAUUGGUGGAGAACAAGAGUACUUAUACACAGACGUGGAUGAACUCAAUGACUCCGAUUCUGAGACCUAUUGAAAGGCUGAGCCAAAGGUCUGAGGCAGGAGUUCUGACACUGAAGUUUCAAAUUGCUUUUUCAGGAAAAAAGCACUUUCUUGUUCAAUUCAACCUAAGAGGAAAGAUCGCCAGUGAACGAAUGUAAGAAAUGUAAUAACAUUAGGAAGAAGAAUUUUAAAGGCAAGUUUUGCAAAAGGAACUUCUAGAAUCUUGAAAUAGACUUGACCAGAGAAAAAUACAUUGAUGUCAAAGUGCUUUGUGGAAUUCUUUAAUUUGGCUUUGCAAUGCCAGAAAUAAAUGGGGACAUGGUGCACCCUAACCUGCUUACAUAAGCAACACUAUUGUAAAAGAAGAGAUAAGAACACUAGACUUAAAUUUUAUCAGUAAAAUUACAACUAAAUUUAAUGGCAAUAAAAGUUUGGUACAGUAGGCAUUAUGUGCACAGCAAAUUGCCAAAGGACCAAAUGACUUAAAGAUUUUUUAAUGAAUGACAUUUUGUGGAAACUGGAGCAGGUGAAAUGAGACAUUAUCUAAACCAAACUUCAAUAUUUCUGAAAAUGAAGCCGAGAUUUUGUUUUAAAUGUUGAUUUUUUUAAGAGUAAACAUCUGAAAGCCUUCCAAUACUAUAUUAAACCAUGAAAGAAAGCAGAUGUAUUUUUGCAUUUUUUCUUUUACAUAAAAAUUUUAAAAUUCCAAUUUUUAUAAUAUUAGAAUAAAAAACCAGCUGACUGGAUGCAGUACGGGUGAAAAUACUUGUGAAAUGGAUUGAGGUUGUGGCUGUUGCCAAGUUUUGAAUGAUUGGGGGUUUAAAAUUGAACUAUUUUUGUUUAAAAAGGUAAAGAAUUUCCCAGAAAAAGUUCAUGAAAUCAAAAAGUUGAUUAUUUCACCCUAUUGCAAUUAAGUGGUCCUGGGGAACGGAAUUUUCAACCUCACUACUUUGGAUGAUACACCUUUGUUGAUAUAUGGUUUUUUUGUGCCUCUACAAUGGGUUUGGGAUUUUUGUUUAUUUUGAUCUGUUAGUUUUGAAAAGUGAAGAAUAAAAAGGAAAAAAAAAAUCCCAUUAUUCCUAAGUUAAAUCAUUAUCAAAUCCCCUGGAAGGCAUUUCUAUAUUGGGCAAGAUUUAAAAUACAAAAGCCUGGAGGUCCUAAUUCAGUUUAAGAGUAGCAUGUUUAUAACUUGUUACUAUUUGGAGGGAGAAGUUGUUGCCUGCCAAAUUGAAGACUACCUUUCAAGUAACAAACAGAAAAGGCUGACAUUUAGGCUUUCAAAUAACACUUUAUGUCAUUCUGCUUUUACUGUAACUGUCACUUUCCCAGUAAAAAUGAUUUUACCUAUGUAGAGGGUCUUAAUGGUCUAAGUAAAGUUCCACGAACUGCAACAAAAUACCCCAUUUAAUUUUAUCCUUUUUGUAUUGUGAAACUGGAAACUUUAUGACAUUGUAAAUUAUCAGCUGGUUUUUCUGAAUAUAAAGUGUGAAAACACAGAACAGUAUUUUGAUCUAUUUGAUAAUUUUGUGGGGUUUUUGAAGAA